GUUCACCACACAUGCUCUCCUACGUCCAGAGACGCUUCAGCCUGCACACAAUGAAGACGGCUCUGCUGCUCCUCUUGCUGAGACUCUACCAGACGACCGCCCAGCAUCGAGCCUCGCUGAUCGUCUCUCCCAGUACCUCCCAGGUCUUCGAGUACCAGAGCGUCUCUGUGAGCUGUGAGCACUUGGGCACUGAUGAUUGGACGGUGUGGAGAUACACAGACGGGUCGUUCUCCCAGUCAGGAUCCAGUCUUGUCCCACUGCGGCUCCGGCUGGGGCCACCAGACAUCCACGCUCUGCGACAUGAAGACCAUCAAGGUGACGGACAGCGGCAUGUACUGGUGCGAGUCCAAGUACAGAGACAGCAGCGACACGGUCAACAUUACCGUCAGCCAGAGAACGGUGAUCAUAGAAGGCCCCGCCCACCCUGUGACGGAGGGAGAGGAGGUCACACUCCGCUGUCAGAAGAAGAACUCCUCCAGUCUGCCUGCUAACUUCUAUAAGAACGGCUUCUUCAUCAGGGAGGAGCCCACGGGUCACAUGACCUUCCAGCGUGUUUCUAAGUCUGAUGAGGGGGCGUACAAGUGUCGGAUAGGGAAGACAGAAUCCUUACCCAGCUGGCUGCUGGUGAACGAUUCAGAGCCAGUCAUGCUCAUGGUGUCUGCAGACUCGUCUGACUCGUCUCAGAUGUUUGAGUACAGGAACCUCUGUCUGCGCUGUGGGAACAACAGCAGAUCUCUAGGUUGGAGGGUCACCAGAGCCACCUUCACCGAUCAAAAGCUGUCUCCAUGUGGAGGGAAAUGGGGGUCGCCUUCCUCGUCUGGAUGCUGCGUCUCGACAGCAAAGAAGUCGGACAGCGCCACUUACUGGUGUGAGUCUGUAACCAGCCAGCGGAGCAACUCUGCCAGAAUCACAGUACAUGGUGGAGACGUGAUCCUGCAGAGUCCGGUCCGCCCUGUGGCUGUGGGAGAUAACGUCACGCUGCAUUGUAAAACAAGGUCUGACGACCUCGCUGCUGAGUUCUACAGUGGGAACGAGCUCAUCGGUAAUGGAACUACAGGUCACAUGACCAUCUACCACGUCUCUACCUCUGAUGAAGGCCAGUACUGGUGUAACAUCAAAGGACACGGAAAGUCUCUGCCCAGCUGGCUGUUUGUCAGAGAUCCAAACGUCGUUUCAGCUUUCUCCUCUGCAGACUCACCUCUGACCUCAGCGCUAUGUAAGGUAGUGGUGGUCUGUCUGUACGUGGUCUGCACCGUGCUGGCAGCGAUGUCGUACCCAUGCAGACCCAAAGGAGAGAACCCGUCUGUUUCCAUGGCGAUGUCGUCUCUACAAGAGGAUGAUGAGGGAUCGGACCAUCAGUACGAUGACGCCAUCGCUAACGUGACCACAGAGUAUCAUUUCUGAUCUCGGCUGUUUCCUCCAUGUUUGAUAAAAAUACAUUUUUAUUUUUCACUGUUUUAUGUUUUUGUGUAAAUAAAGAAAAAAAUAUUUAUUUAAACAUCAGAUAUCUUCUACCUUUUAAUACUUUCACUUUCCAUCC